UUCAUAAUAAACACGAAUCAUCGUAUCACUUCGCUGUAAUUUAAAAAGGUUUUUACCAUUCCCGCAAUAAGAAAUGUUUAGGUUCUCAAAAGAAAUCGACUUGACGGGAUAUUCUCUACUUAUUCCUAGUGUUAGCGUAGGAAAUGUAGCGCAACUUGCCAUUGAUUUGCUGAUCGAAACGCUGAAGCUUGAAAAAAUUGGUAUGAUAUGGCACCCGGCAUUAAUACCGGUGAUCGGACCACAGGCCUACGAUCAUGAAAGUGACAAAGUUACUACGACUGCCGAACUCUAUGUCUCAGGGGACCGUAAGCUCAUAGUCAUGCAGAUUCGUGCACCUCUGGUGAAUGCAAUGCAGGCGGAUUUCUUGGAAAAAAUGACCGAUUUCAUUGGUGAUCGACAACUCGCUGAUGUUAUUAUACUUAGUAGCAGCUUUGCCCAUGAGAACCACUCGAUAGGAUCCCGGCCGCAUCGAUACACAGCGAAUGUUAAAUUUCUUUCCACCUAUUCAGCCGAAUUGGAUUCCUUACAAUGGUCAAAACUGGAAGGACGCGUCAUCCAUGGAGGAGGAUAUGCGACUAGAUUGUUGGACAUUUGCACCGAAAAGCAGGUGGCUUGUUUCGUCUUGUUCAAUUAUGUUUCGGAAGGUGACAAUACGGCAGAUGCUGUACAGCUGGUUUCUCUGAUGGAUCGGUUGAAAAAACCAUUACUCCCGAGGGAAGAAGACGGGCAGAAAAUCAAGUUAUCAAUUCCGAGCUCGUGGAAACAUUUGUUCGGAAAUGCACCACCUGUGAACGUUUAUUGAAUAAAUGCGUUGAUUGUUA